AAUGUACAUGACAUUUGAGUAGAGUAGUCUAUCGGCAUAACCAAACAACACUGGAGUAGAAGAAGAAGAAGUAGCAGUUUGAGUCCGAGUCUGAGAUGAAGCGGUUAGGGGAAGAGGAAAAGGAGAGGGAAGAGUUUGGUUUCCCACGACUGGCCUCAUUCGUCUGCGAAUGCGAGCCUCUCUCUGUCUCAGAGGAAGAACUUCAAGCCAUCGAAUCCACAUUUCAAUCCUCUCAUUCCUCCCUCCGCCGCCGCCGCAGCAGCCACCGCCGAUUGCCCACAUCGCUUCUCGCUCUUCAACUCCCAACUCUCUCACCUUCUCACUCUCAAGGCUACUCAAGGAUGAGAUUGCCAGUAAUGAAGUUUAGUGGCCAAAUUACGUAUAGCAGGAGUUUUGAUGAUGUACAGAAGGCUGUAACAAAGCUCUUAGAAUUUGUUGAAGAAAAGAAAAGAGCGAUGAUGCGAAUUGCAAUUGGAUUUGACAUUGAGUGGAGACCCAGCUUCGUAAGAGGUGUUCCUCCUGGGAAAGUAGCAGUAAUGCAGAUAUGUGGUGACACCAGUCAUUGUCACGUUCUACAUCUAAUUCAUUCUGGUAUCCCCCAGAAUCUACAGCUUUUACUUGAAGAUCCCACAGUUUUGAAGGUUGGAGCUGGGAUUGGCAGCGAUGCUAGUAAGGUUUUUAGAGACUAUAACGUAUCUGUCAAAGGUGUGGAAGAUCUUUCCUUUCAUGCUAAUGAAAAGCUAGGUGGAGGUAUUAAUAAGUGGGGUCUUGCAGCUUUGACUGAAACAGUUUUAUCGAAACAGCUUAAAAAGCCCAACAAAAUUAGACUGGGAAAUUGGGAAACUCCUGUUUUGUCAAAGGAGCAACUACAGUAUGCUGCCACUGAUGCUUUUGCUUCUUGGUAUCUCUAUGAGGCAAUUAAAAAUCUCCCAGACAGUAGUGGCAAAGAUGGUGGUGCGCCGCAACAAUGAAUAUGUGUGUUUGGAUACCAGUUGUUGCAACACGAAUAAACUCUUAUCUCAAAUCAUAUUAGUUAUGUUUGUCUUAAAGUGCAUGGUAAAGUCUAGUUUGCACUUGUCAACUGAUAUCCAAACACAGCUACAUGUGUUUCAAAGUUUAUUUCUUGUAUAUUGCAUUUAAUUAUUUAUAUGUUCUAAAUAUCUGUUGUAUAAUAUCUGAGAUUGCCCCAAGACAUCAAACAGUAUGGAUUUGGCCCCUGCUCUGGCCAGCAAUUUUUAUUUAAUUGAUUGUAGAUUUGUUUGGAAUAUAAAUGAAUCAAACAAAGGGAAUCGUUUUGUCUUGGGAAAUACGAAAUAAUGCGUAAUGUUCUCUUGA